UAAUUUAGUCUAAAUACUGGCUUUAUCAUAUUCAUACGUAAAAACACCUUAUUUGAUAGAAUUGUUGUGUCAGUUUACCACACAAAAAGGAUAAAAUUGUAUUGAUAUAUGGAUGCAACAAUUCAAAUGAUAUACACCAGUUUACUGGUGAUAAUUUUAUUCGUUCAAGAUGUAUAUACAAAGACGUAUUGUUCAUUGUGGAAAUCAUGCAGUGACGGCUACUACUGUUGUAACAACGACACUGCAUGCUGUUCAGCAGGUGUUUUGGCUGUGUGGGCAAUUGUGUGUAUAGUUAUUGGAUCGAUCCUGUUUAUCAGUUGUUGUAUUGCUGUGAUAUGCUGCCUUGUCAAGCAAAAUAAUCGUCCUGGACAUGUGGUACAAACAGUACAGCAACCUGGAGUCGCUGUUAUAACAGCCGGGCAACAAGGUCAGCCAGGAUAUGGCCAGCCCAUGUACGGACAACCCAUGUACGGCCAGCAACCUUAUGGACAACAGCCGUAUGGUGUCCAGCAACCAGCGGGAUCUAGCGGUCCAGCGUAUCCUCCCCCAGCAUAUCCUCCUCCGCCUGAGAAGUAGUGGUGUUGUGAUCCUCAGAUCGUUUAUUGUGAUAAAAAGGAACAAACUAACAACUUAAAAAGUUACAUAUUCUUACACUAGAGUGGUUGUGAUUUUAUACCUGUACGGAAUCUGCUACAUUUUUCGUGCUAGUAGGAUUUCUUUCUUUCUUUCAAAAGAGCUCGAAGUUUCAAACUUUGGAACAAUAAAGUUACAAUUUAGACGUACACAUUCUAAAUUUACUUAUAAAACCUAACAUCUAAAGUCUUAAACGUGUAUAUGUAUGUUAUGCGAGGAAAUCCAGAUAAAUUUACCAGACACACAUUUCAGCACACGCUUGUUGUUUUGAUAUGGUACGCUUACAUGUACAUGUAUGAAAUUGCAUUAUGAGUGAGUUUUUUUACCAACUUCUGUCACAUGAUCUUCAUUUUAUGUCUUCAUUACCUUUUAUCAUAAUAAGAUUCAUUUUCCUUCUUCUUUGUUGCCUUUUGUCAUUAUCACUUUGAUAUGAUAUAAAUAAAAAAAAUGUCAAAGUUCUU